GGUAUCCUCAACAAGCUCACACCGGAAAAGUUCCAAAAGCUGAGCGAUGACCUGCUCGGCUUGGAGCUCGACUCGGACAAGGUCCUGAAGGGCGUGAUCCUGCUGAUCUUCGAGAAGGCCCUAGACGAGCCGAAGUACUCGUCGAUGUACGCGCAGCUGUGCAAGCGGCUGUCCGAGGAGGCGCCCAACUUGGAGCCGCCCGGGCAGCCGUGCACCUUCCGUCUGCUGCUGCUGAACAAAUGCCGCACCGAGUUCGAAAACCGCGCGCAGGCCUUCGCCGCCUUCGAGGAGCGCGCGCUCGCGCCCGAGGAGGAGGAGCGCCGCCAUCUCGCCAAGUGCAAGAUGCUCGGCAACAUCAAGUUCAUCGGCGAGCUCGGCAAGCUGGAGAUCCUGGCGGAGUCGAUCCUGCACCGCUGCAUCCAGAACCUGCUGGCGCGGCGCGCGGCCGCCGACCACCACGAGGACCUGGAGUGCCUGGCCCAGCUGGUGCGCACGUGCGGCCGCGUGCUGGACUCCGAGCGCGGCCGCGGCCUCAUGGACCAGUACUUCGCGCGCAUCGAGACCCUCUCGCACUCGCAGGAGCUGCAGCCCCGCAUCCGCUUCAUGCUGCGCGACGUGGUCGAGCUCCGCAGGGGAGGCUGGGUGCCGCGCGCCGCCUCCAGCCACGAGGGCCCCGUGCCGAUCCAGCAGCUGCGGCCCGACGCCAGCCCGCCGCGCCGCCAGGACCGCGAGCCGCGCGACUCGCUCUUCCGCGGCGGCAUGCGGUCCCGCCCGCUCGACGACGUGCUGGCCGGCCUGGCGCUGCAGCCGGGUAACUACCUCCCCCCGCCUCUAUACAACAAGCUGUUCGGCAACGGGUUCCCGCCGCGCGACGGGUUCCGGCAGCGCUCCGCGCCCUCCGCGCCGCAGGGCUACUACCACCACAACCGCCAACACUACAAGCAGGGCCGCGACCAGCAGGGCAACGGCAAGGAGGCCCCGCGGCUGCACAAGGCGCGGCUGACGGCCGGCGGCGCGCUGGAGGACGUGCAGAUGCGACCCGCCGCCUACAGCCUCAUGUUCACCGCGUCCGCCAACCGCCUGCCCAAGCAGCCCGCGCCGCCGCCGCUGCUGCUGCCGCCUGCCCCGCAGACGCUGAUCAAAGAGCCGGCCAUCACCAUCAAGCCGGCGCCCGACAAGAAAGAUAAGCCCAAAAAGGACAAGAGUCUGAACAAAGAGGAAGCGUGCCGCCUGCUGAUCGACGCGGCCACGGCGGCGGGGGCGGCGGGGGCGGCGGUAGGAGAGGCCGGGGAGGCCGGCGCCGGCGACGACGACGCCGCACUGCAGCAACACGUGCAGAAGAUCCGCGACGCCGCGCUGCCCGACAAGCUGCUGCGCCGCGCCAUCCAGGCGCUGCUGGAACACACGCUCGCGCACGAGGCGGAGUCGGACGCUGCCUGGGCGCGGCUGUGCUCGGCCACCAUGGCGCUGGUGCGCGGCGUGAAGCGCAGCAGCGUGGGCGAGACCCUGCGCGCGCUGCCGGCCACGGACAGGCUGGCGGCGCUGCUGGCGCACGCCGUGCGGCACAAGCUGGUCACGCUGGCCGAGCUGGGCGCGUGGGGCGAGGCCGGCGCGCCCUACCCGCUGCUGCUCGACGUGCUGCAGCGGCUGCAGGAGCUGGUGGGCGCGGGGCAGGCGGCGGAGCUGUACGCGGAGAGCAAGCUGAACCUGGCCGCGGUGGUGGCGGGCGGGCUGGCCGGGGGCGGCGCGGACGCGGUGGGCGUGCUGGCGGCGCUGGAGGCGCGCGGGCUGGCGCACCUGGUGCCGGCGCUGCAAGUGCAGGCGCAGCUCGCGCGGCAGCUGCAGGCCGAGCCCGCGCCCGCCAUGCUCUACCGCUGGAUCAAGGGCAACGUGGAGCCCAACGUGCGACAGAACGCGGCGUUCGUGUCGACGCUGGUGGCGCUGAUCGCGGGCCACGUGACGGCGGCGGCGGGCUGCGAGGCGGCGCAGGACAAGGCGGCGCUGGAGCGCGAGAAGGCGCUGGCGGAGGCCUACGCGCCGCUGCUGACCGCGCUGCUGCAGGGCCGCGCCGACCUGCAGCUGGCCGCCGUCUACGCCGUGCAGCUGCACGCGCACCACCACCGCUAUCCUAAGGGCAUGCUGCUCCGCUGGUUCAUGUACCUGUACAACCUGGAAGUGUGCGAGGAGGACGCCUUCCUGCGCUGGCGCGAGGACGUCACCGACGCCUACCCUGGCAAGGGCGAGGCGCUCUUCCAGGUGAACACGUGGCUGACUUGGCUGCAGCAGCAGGAGUCUGAGGAGGAGGAGGCGGAGGACUAGCCGCCUCGGGACUCCCUCACGGACCUCCACGGCCCCGCACCGCUUCUGUUUCGCGCUCAUCUCAUUAUAUGAAUAUGAUUAAGCCAAAUAGUUAAAUAGCUACGUUCGUUACCGGUGACGCGCGACGCGACGCGACCGCCGGGUCCCGCGUCACUUAGGUCAAUUGGUUAGGUUGUACGACGUAAAGGAAUAUUAGUAUCUCGAGAUAAUUUUUUGUAGGCCUUUUACUCAAUUUUGAUACUUUUUACAAAUGUAUACAAUGUAUAGUGUUCGUAUGGACGUAUGGCUGCACCCGUCGGCGCUCUCGCGACCUCCUCCUUCACAUUGUUACAUAUAUAUCUAUAUCUAUUUAUCCGUAUAUAUGUAUCACCCUAUCUAUGUAUAUAUAGUAUACGCAUGCAUAUACACGGUGGCAAAAAAAUAAGUGCAUUCCCGUUCCACGGAGGUUGGGAUUAUACUGAACAACUUUUACUAAGGGACCAACCCCGAAAUCGCGAAAAAAAAAUUGGCUGUUUCAUACAUUUUGGCUGGUCCAUUUUCUAUGGGAGGGUAAAAUUUUUUUUGCGAUUUCGUGGUUGGUCCCAUAGUAAAAGUUGUUCAGUAUAAUCCCGAAAACCACCCUGGCAACGGGAAUGCACGUAUUUUUUGGCCACCCCGUAUUAAACCUUAAAUCAUUUUUUAACAUCAUGAACGUUUAUUUGAAUGCUAAAUGGACUUAGUGUUAAACAGUAAGAAUGCUUAAAUUUCAUUGUAUUAUCAAACUUUAGGAUUUUAUAACUAGUAGCUAAAUAAAUAAAUAAAAUAUUUAAAAAGCAAAAAAAAAAAGAAAUGUUCAGUUUCUUCGAGCGUAAGAAAUGUAUGUUGCGUGAGUUGUAAUAAAGUCAGAUCGAGAUGCGAAGAUCAGUAAUAUUGGUCAACUCAAUAUGUAUUCAUGGUGAGAAAUAAACUUCAGUGUAAUUUAUUACAAAAACCAAA